UGUUUGUGAGAGCAGUGCACGUAGAGCAGAGAUUCGAUUACCUCUCCUCACCGUCACACUCAUUCAUCCUUUUGCUGUGUCUCCUUCUCCUCGCCUCCUCUCUGCUUCCAGUCAUUCACAAGCGGAGGACAACACCAACUGCAACCAGAUUGUUGUGAUGAGAAGACAGAAGAAUUGUAAAAUAAACCAGUUUACCAUCAUUAUGUCUGGAAUUAGGAUUGGAUGACUCCUUCGUGUUACUUUGGUGAAUUUCAAAAGAAAUACUCCACAGAACAUGCUAUCAAAAAACAUUAAGGCAGGCUAUUUCAAGGCCAAUUGAUUUGGUGGCAUCAUUCUGCUGCCAGGCAAUUAUGUUCAAGUCCAUCAAGUAACUAUUAUGACCUCUGCCAGUAAAAUUGGGUGAAGUUAUUUCUUCAUAUUAAAUCCUUUUAAUGAUCUGGCUUUAAUUGAGUUGCCCAGUUCAGGCAGACGCAACCUAAGUGUCUACCUGGGGCAUUCAUCUGUUUUAUGGAGGUCUUGCAUAGCCAGUCAAUAACCGGGGAGCAGUCCGGAGGUCAAGAACAUUGCCAAAUAGAAUCUGUUCAGAAAAGCCCACAAUGCAAGUCUCUCUCCAAGUUUUGCGAGCAGCAGCAAACCAGUUCCUCAAAGUCUCAUUGUGCACCACAGUCAACUAAGCAAACCAGAAGGCAUAACCCUGAGCGCAAACGCCUUCGACAACAACGGCAGAGCAUUUAUUUGGAUUCAGUGCUGGAAAAGAAACAGGAAGCAUCAGCAGCUAUACAGCAAGCUCAAGUGUCAAGUUUGUCAUCAGAAGUGCUCCCAUCUUCAGCAGAAGUCCCUGCCGAGUCUUCAUCAGAAACCCAGGAGGACAACCCCAAACAGAAACGUGAGCACAAGCCUCAGAGACCAGGCAAAUAUGUUUGCACGUACUGUGGCCGAGCAUGUGCAAAGCCGAGUGUCCUUCAGAAACACAUCCGUUCGCAUACAGGUGAAAGACCCUAUCCUUGUGCCCCAUGUGGCUUCUCUUUCAAGACCAAGAGUAACCUAUACAAACAUUGCAAAUCACACACCCACAGGGUAAAGGCAGGUCUAGCCCUUGGAGAGCCAAAGUCUUUAGAGGAUCAAAUCACAGAGUCAGAAGAUGAGACCAGACAGCUGUCAUCUGUUUCAUCCCUUAUAAAUAGACAAAACAGUUUAGCGCCAUCUAAAAGUUAUGAAAUAGGAGAGGCCAAAGAUUGUACUGGAGGAAGAAAUGACUCAAAUGCAGUAAAAAGGCGACUGGCCCUCCGCCUGAGUCGAGGGAAACAUGCCUCACAAGAGUCCUCUGAUGAUAAAACAUGCUCUCUAAAUUUUGGUAGUAAAGGUAGUACAGAAUCUGGAUACUUUUCACGUUCUGAAAGCACUGAGCAGUCGCAAGACAGCCCCCCAAACACAAAUGCCAAAAGCUAUGCGGAGAUCAUCCUUGGUAAAUAUGGACGUUUCGGACAACUGCAGAGAAUUCCUCGUCAUCACAACCAGCAGGUCUCUGGUCAGGAGGAGAAAAACAUCCCAUUUGUUGUACCUAAAAAGCAGGUCAUUGACCAUAUCACCAAACUUAUUACCAUCAAUGAGGCUGUGGUAGACACCAGUAAAAUUGACAGUGUAAAACCAAGAAGAUUUUCACUGUCCAGAAAGAACAGUUCAGAGGCUCAGAGAAAUUCAGGCAUAAAUGAAUCCCUUAUUCACAGCCCUAAAGCUGGAGAGCUGGGUUACAAAAGCACUGGUUCUAUCAGCAUGGGAGUUCCUUGUGAAAAAUUUCAUCAUUCAUCUCUUAAAGCUGAGCAAGCAGUUGGCCAAAUUACCACCAGCUCUUUAGUUAGAAGCCACUCAAUGCCAUCUGCAUCUAGUUCUGUUGACACUUCUUGUGGUGGCACAGGAAAACUGGCCUUAAGUCAAUCCUUUGAUGAACAGCAGCCUUCCAAGACUCAAAUGCCCCGCCGUUUUGGAACACUAAGAAGGCAACCAGCAAUUGAAAUCCCACUAGGUACAGAGCUUUCUAAAGGGGACCAUGGGGCUUCUGAUUCAUUUUACCUGAAAAAUGUAACCACUGUUUUUGAUCAAAAGCAACGUCUACCCCAACCGUAUGAAUGUGAGGCCUGUGGCACUGGAUGCAAGGAUUGGGAAGGCUAUAAGAAACACAAGCAAAUUGUAUGCUUUGCACAUCAUUCUCGUAGUGAAAUGGAGAUGAGUCAAUUGGAGUCUUUACAGUUGAGUAACCCUGACCCCCGAGCAGGAGCUUCAAUGAUGCGCAAGAGAAGGAAAGAGGAGAGUUUUGAGUUUGAUGAUCCCUCGUCUUCCUCAUUGUCUUCUUUAGCCAUCUUGUCAGGACAGUGUAAAAAUGAAUCUCGCGUAGCUCAUGAAGAGCCAACAAGGUCUGCCUUGCAAACCUGUUCAGUGAUUCAACACACAAGUUCAUUUGAAAAACAGGAAUCUUUAUGUCAUGAGAAUCAAAGCUUGGAAAACAUAAAAAACUCCCCACCACAUGAAGAACAUCUACUGAGGGUUAAAAUACCAUCCCAACAUAAGACAAUGAAACAUACAGCCCAAAAACUGGUUCACCAAAAAAUUGUGCAAGUUCCAGAAAUACUUGUAACAGAAGAUAUCAAUAUUAAUUCAGAGACCUCAAUGGAACCAACCUCUUCGACUAAAACCUUUGAGAAGCCUGAUGAAUUUCAAUGGCCGCAACGAAGUCCCUCUUUAGCACAGCUACCUAUCGAAAAGCUUCCACCGAAGAAGAAGCGCUUACGUCUAGCUGAGGCUGCCCAAUCCUCAGGUGAAUCCAGUUUUGACUCUGUAUCUCUGCCUCAAAGUCCUAGUCAAGAUAGUAGUGCAUCCUUUGGGUCCAGUCGCUCUACAUCUUAUGAAGAACCAAACAGAGCAGACAUGGAGGUUUUAAAAUCUACACCGCUGAGGAGAUCAAGAGCCCUUCACAUGUUGACUGUACCUGGGGUGCAUCAGCACAGGGAGAUGAGGCGCUCAGCAUCUGAGCAAGCUCCUCAUGACCCACAACCAAGUGCCCUGAUAGCUGAGGCCCGCAGCAAGUCUUUUGACUAUAGUUGUCUCUCCCCAGAACGCUCCGCAAUUGGCUGGAAGGAGCGAAGAAGAUGCCUUCUCAUGAGGCACUCAGUAAUCAGAGAUCAAGACGAGGAAGACCAAUGUUCCAUCCAGAGAUGUUGUCCUGAAGGUGUCAGUACUAGCAAGUCAUCUCAAACAAAUCCCUCUUCGGGCCACUGCAGCAGGUCUUCCCCCCUUUUAUCAAGUGGCAGAUCCUUGAGUAACCCAGAAAGAUUACAGUGUAAAGAAAGUGUCUCUAAAUGGAAACAGAGUCAUAACAUUCAUGUGAUGAAAAACACAGAACUUUCAAACCCCAAAAACUCUAUAAGUGGAAUAAAAGAUGCCUCUUACAUCCAUCCUGAACAGCUUCCUCCUCAAGCACCACAGCCCAGCCCUUCAUAUGGACCAUCAGGUGCAGCCAGAGCCCACUAUCUGCCCAUGGCCACAGGACUGAAGCUAGAGAUUCCUUCACCCAAUGAUAAACAUUCAGACAAUCAAACCAGUCACUCCCGAAUGCAGCAAUCUGUUCCUCUCAUUACUUCCAGGUUGGAAGUACUGAGGCCACCAACAUCUCCAACAGUAGUAGUUCGUCUCCAAACAGACACCUUGACUCCAGCUUGUGCCAUAUAUACAACACUGUCUCAAACCACAUCCCCGAAGCCCCUGGAGGGAUUUGAUGCUGUUUCACCCAACAUAAGCAUUUCAUCAGCUGAACACAAGAAUCACAAGAACAGACAUUUUGAUCAGCAACCAUGGUCGGAUGAUGGGCAGAGGUCGUCAGGCUCAGGGAGCAACAAGCGCAUGCUUUCUCCUUCAAACAGUAUAGAGUUCCACCCUGAGUUACAACAACAGAAAAGAGUCAAAGAAGAAGAGGAGGAGAAGGAGAUGAGAUGUACUGAAACAGCAGCAGUUGACAGAUUCAACCAAGAGCUCAAACAGGAGAUCCAGUCAUGUUUACCAAAUACUGGUUUUCACAUCUCAAGCAUCAAAUCUUCAUUUCCCAGUCUGCUCUCUGGCACUUGCAAUAGCUGGUGCUAUUUGAAUUACAUCAAGCCUAACCCUUCGACUCUGGAUGAACAGAAGCCCUCAGUGUAUUCAUCAUGGUCUACCAGCAGCCAUGAUCCCAACCCACCUGGGCUCUCCAGUAAGACAGCUCUGUCUCUGCUACACUGUAAGCAGAGGCACAGUCCCUCUAUUUACACCACAUCCCCCAUGUCAGUUACAAUGUCCGACUCCAGGGAGAAGGAAGACAUCGGGAAAACGCAUUCCACUGAGGUCAACAGUCCGACCUAUAGCAGUGGCCAUGGAGGACAAGAGAAUGGCCAGCUAUCAGCGAGUGACAAUGGGUCAGGCAAAUUUGAGAAGGAAGACAAGAAUAGACAGCAGGAGCAAGCUCAGUCAUGUUCCAGGAAUAAACAGCUUCCUAAAGCCCUGAUGUCCAAGAGAAGAUUGAAUCUGUACAGUGAUGAGUGUGGUGGAGGUGAGGAGAAGAAUGCUAUUGUUUUCCCCACAGAGUCUCUGCUCAGUAACAGUAAUCAGAGCAGCAGCACUUUGGAAGCUCCAGUUCAACUUGUUGAAAGCGUGAUGUCUGAGAAAGGGCAAGAAGAAGAAGAAGCCAGCUGUCACAAGGCUCAAGGAGUUCUUGAAGACCAAUCCGUUCAUCCGCAUCAACAAAAGGUUGUUCAGGAGGUUCAGGUGGGGAAAGACGCAGCUAGUGAGAAUGAAGAUGUAAUGGACAAGCAUGAAGGCAGCAGGUCUGGAGUUUCUCACACCAACAGUGAGAAAGAUCCGCUGGGAGACCGGGCGAUGGAGUACAGCUCAUCCAUGUCUCUUAACCCCAAGAAGAGCUCAGCCAGUGUCAGGAGGGCUCUGUUCGCCCGCAGGCGCCUCAAUGCUAAUGCAUCAAUGUCUUCAGGAGCUUCCCACCCUCCAAGCACUCCGUCUCCAUCUCACAGUCUGUCACCCACGCCCUGCCAGUCUCCUGCUACUUCUUCACCGGUAUCUUCAUCUGCUCUUCCCUCCUCUGCUGCUCCAUGGUCUGCAGCAUCUCCAGUUAGAGGUCCGGACUCCUCUGGGUCGCCAAGCUUCCUAGCAGGCUGUUCUGUUCAGAGUCACACCAGUCCUCCUCCACAGGAGCACAUGUGUGUUGGAAGUCUGUCUGGGAGUGAGGCCAGCCUGAUCCACAUCAGCCCACAUCUCACACGGGUCCGAGGACCCACCAACCUCCUGAGUCAUCUCCCUCUGCACUCGCAGCAGCCCAACAGAUCUCCAAGCCUCUUGAUUCCCAUCGGGGGGAUUCACAUGAUUCAGCCCAGGUCCACCCUCCCUCUGUACAGCCUGGUGUGCAGCCAGACGGCACUCACAGCUGGCCCGACGUCCCCCAGCAGUCCGACAGGAAGGCUCUCUGUGACACUCCAACAAAAUGCACCAAAUGAGACAGACCAGGAGGAACCCGAGAUUUCAGGACAAUCGUCUGCAGGAGAAGGCGUCUCCGUCCAGCAAGCAUCAACUCAUGGAAAAGUCAUUGGACAUCCAGAUUCACUUGAGAGGCAUGUUUACAUCAACACCAACCAAGGCCAAAAAACACCUCCUUCCUCCCAGACACACCUCUGAUAGGAGGGGGGGUUUAAGGGACAGUGCAAAGGGACUCUAGACCAGAAAGGGCAGAACCUUUCUUUGGUUUAGAGUCUGACAACUACAGACUAGAGCUUCUGAAUGAUGCGGUUAUGUAAUUAAUGAAUAAUAUAAAUAUUUAUAUAUAUAAAUAUAUAGAUAGGCACUAUGUUAGAUAUGCAGUAUGUUUUUGUAAAUCUUUUUUACCCUCGUUUGAUGUUCUCUGUUGUUCAUUUAUUUAUGUGCUAAUAUGCAAAUUCUGUACAAUAUGCAAACGCGGCAGGAUUGAACAUGGAUUACUCAUAAACAGCUCUAACAUACUGUUGCUGUGUUAAUGUACUGUAUUACCAAAACAGAUAGAGAAAAGUACCACAACUAUUUAUUCACUCAGACCAGUAUUUUGAAGUGCAAUUUUUUAGUCAGGAUUGUGGUUUGGAAACUCAUUCUUAAAGCUGUGAUUAUUGGUCUAAUUUGUUAGUUUUGUUAUUAUUGUCUUUGUGUUUGGAAAAGCAGGGUUGCAUUCAGCUUUUUGUAAAGGUUUUUGUUUCUAAGGAAAAGAAGUUGCAGGUCAAACGUUAUUGCAGUGCACUGAUGAUUUGCUUACCGGUGGGAUCUUGGUUCAUGGUGGCUAUGGUGCAGUUUUGUUCCAUUUGUCAGAUACACCAACCUUUGUUUUCUUGCUUUUCUAAAUGAUAAAAUCACUCAACCAUUUUCAUGUUUGCAAUUAAACUUCUCAUUUUUACAGAUUUAUAUUAAAACUGUGGAAUGUG